UUCCAUUGUCACACUUUUCCAGAAAUCAAUGGUCCCUUCCAUUAAAGCAGGUUUCAAUUGGUCCUCCUCACAAAGAUCGAUCAUCUCCAACUCAGCCGCAGCUUCAUCUGUGACUAGCGGGACUUUCAAACAGCCGGUCUCUGCAUUAAAUGGGUCGACGAGGAACGUAAUCUGUGGCCUUUUCAAUUGUAGAUCAUGGAACGGGGUCACAAAGCUUUCGUGCAAGUUUUCAAUCAGCGUUGCAUAUCUGGCUCUUUGCUUACUCAGGGCGGCGCUGGCGACUUGCCCGCUGGCUUUUAGCAGAGUGGGAAAAUGCGUUAAAUCUCCCUUUUGAAUAUGUGUCUUGAACAGCUUCAGUUUGUUGACAAACGCAAACACACUUUGCACCAGGUCAGGCAGCAUUUUUAACUUACCCUGCAGGGUCAGGGUCAGUCUGUCCAAGUGACACAUCAUGUUGACCAAAAAGGCCAGAUCCAUAAUCCACUUGAUGUCUGAGAGCUCGGGAUAGUCCUUGUCCUUCUCUUCCAUAAACAGUUUCACGGCAUCCAAAAGCUCAAAGAAGCGAGAGAGUACCUGGCCUUUUGACAGGCACCUCACAGUGCAGUGCAGCGGCAGGUCACCUGGAAGCCCUUGGUCCAGCUCAGCGAUGAGAUUCUUGAAUUGCCUGUGGUUAAGCGCAUGUGUGCGGAUAUAGUUCACGAUUUCCAUCACAGGCUUCAUGACGUUAUCUAAAUUCAAUGAUUUAGACACGAGUUGCUCCAUGUGGAUGAUGCAGUGGAAAUUCCAAAAGUCAGGAAUAGUUUGGUCAGCUUUGCACAGCCCCACAAGCCCGUUCACAGAUCCCAUUAUGGCUGGUGCUCCAUCCGUGGCUAUUGCAGUUAAUUUCGUUAUGGGCAGAUUUGCUUUUUCAAAUGCAGCCAUCAUGGUUUCUUUCACAUCUAUCCCACGGGUUCUGUCUUUUAAUGGAACAAUAUCCAGGAGUUCUUCUUUGAUCACACAAUCGUUUGACACAGACGUGCAAAUAUUGCCAACUGAGGCUUGUCUUGUAUGUCACAACUCUCAUCCAAUGCGACACUAAAAUACUCACAUGCUUGAAGGUCAGAGUGCAACUGUGAUUCAAUAGCCGUGUUAAUGUCCGAUAUUCUGUGUUCAACAGUGUGGCGGGACAGUUGGACGUCUUAUACCAUGCGUUUUAAUUUGUCGUUUUCAGGAGACAAGAUUUCAACAACGUCACUGAGGCAUUUUUUAACAAACUCCCCUUCAUUGUAUGGCUUUUUAGCACGUGCAAUGUUCCAAGCCAGCUGAUAGGAUGCGAGUGUUAUGGUCUCUGACCUCUUCGUAAAUUUUUGGAAAAACUGUAUCUGCUUUUCUGCCUGACUUUUCAAAGUGGCCAACUCGUGCUUGCGAAGUUCAGUCCCUUUUGGAAAUUCCUGGUCGAUGUUAGCAUGGAGUGAGCUGAAGUGGCGCUGAAGAUUUGAAGCUUUGAAAUGCGCUAAUGAUGUCUGGCAUAUAAGGCAGAAUGGCUUGCCAUUGCGUUCAACAAAAAAAUAUAAACUCUCCCACUCUGUUAAAAACGUCCUGUGUUCAUCUUCAUAUUUUCUUUUUGCUGUGCAUUUUUUCCCUGCCAUUUUAAGGGCGAACUUGCUCCUACUGGGAACUUUGCAGUAUUUUCAUCUCACACACAUGCGCAUUUACAAUUUAUAAUUUACUACUGAGAUAUAAUUCUCGAAAUUCUUGAAAGAGUAGUUGUCAAAGAGCUAACUGAUCGUCUGCAGAGGAAUAUUUGAAGACUUUCAGUCAGGUUUCAGAGCCCAUCACAGCACAGAAACAGCUUUAGUAAAGGUUACAAAUAAGGAUGCACCGAUACCGGUAUCUGGUAUCGGCCUCGAUACCACAUCUUCGAAAGUACUCGUACUCGUUAAAAGUCCCCUGAUACCGGGGACCAAUACCACGGUCUGAGACCUGUCUAUGUUUGAGCGGCAUGUAAGGGGUUAAUCACAGGCGCCGAGUGCCCGCCCCCAGGCCCCGGCUGCAGCUCGGAGCUGGGAGAAGGCAGGCGAAACAAGUCAGCCGUGUGGAUCUAUUUCAAAGUGAGCUGCGGACUGCAUAUAGUGCUCAGCGAAAUUGUCCAGAGGAGGCUCAAAAGGUAGCGCAUUUAACACAAAUAAUUUAAUCAAGCACCUAAAAUCCCAACACGACAACGAGUACAAAGAGUUUACCCACGCUUAUUUACCCAUGCUUAUUAGCACAGAGGAGCAUAGCUGAUGCUAUAGCAGUGGGACGGAAAAUAGUUGGGCAUUUUAAACAUUCCGCCUUAGCCUACUCCCGCCUCGAGGACAUUCAGGGACAGCUCAACCAGCCAAUAAAGAGACUGCAGCAGGACGUACAGACGCGCUGGAACAGCACGUAUUACAUGCUCCAGUCCCUCAUUGAGCAAAAGCGAGUGCUGGGGGUGUAUGUGUCCGAGCAUGAACUCCCUGACUAUCUCACCGCUCACCAAUGGGCUCUUAUGGAGACGACUGUUGCCAUCCUCGCCCCCUUUGAGGAACUAACUAAAAAAGUGAGCAGCUACGACGCACUAGCCUCUGAUGUCAUCCCAGCUGUGACUGUGCUAGUGAGACUUCUAAACAGAGAAACAGACGAGGACCACGGCGUCAAGACAAUGAAAGCAACCUUACUGGCAGCUGUCAAGAAGCGCUUCAGUGACGUCGAGACCGACCCACAGUACUUCAUCUCCACCAUACUUGACCCAAGGUAUAAAGAUCGCUUCUUCUCCAACAACACUGCUCCAGAGGCCAAGCUGCACCUGAAGCAGGAGCUGCAGAUGAUGUCCAGAGCUGAGGCAGAGGGGAGUCGGGCAGAAGCUGCAGAACCUCCUGCUAAACUGUUCCUCAAGGCCCAGGCCAGCACUAGCAGCAGUCUGGACACCGUAUUUGACGAAAUCGCUAAGGAGCAGCCCCAGGCAGCACAGCCGCUGGCAGCAGGUGCUGCCAUUGAGCUCGACACAUACCUCGGAGAGGCCCCAAGCCCUCGUGAAGACAGUCCUCUGAAUUACUGGGGUGCCAACAAAAUCAGGUUCCCCACUUUGGCUAAAAUAGCCCGUAAAUACCUCUCAGCCCCAUGUAGCAGUGUGGAAAGUGAAAGGCUUUUUAGCUCAGUGUCACACAUUAUAGAUGAGAACAGAAACAGUCUGACUGCUGAUAAUGCAGAAAAGCUACUUUUCUUAAAAAAAAACUGCCACUCACUUUUUCUAAAUAGGCUCCGUUAAGUGAGUCGUCUUAGACUUGAUGUUAACACCUACCUCAGUUGCACUGACUGCCACAGUUCUAUGUUGGUGGAUGUUGUUAGUUUAUUCAAAUAUUGUGCACUAAAUAGCAAAGAUGUUUAUUAAUGCCCCUUGUGUUGUUCAAAGCGGCAGAGUUUACAAUAAACUGAAAAAAAAUACUUGAGUUGCACUGUCACUGUUUAAUUUUUUUUUCAGAAUUAUUUAUUCUGUAAUAUGUUGCAUACAACAUGCUUUUCAUUUUAAAUAAAUGUUC